CCCCCGCGCGGCCGGCCUGAGCCCCGGCCCGCGCCUCCACCUCCCCGCCCUUAUAGGCUCGCCGGCCGGCGCCCCAAACCGGGGACAUGUCCUUCCCGCAGCUGGGCUACCCGCAGUACCUGAGCGCCCCGGGGCCCGGCGCCUACGGCGGCGAGCGCCCGGGGGUCCUGGCCGCCGCUGCCGCUGCUGCAGCCUCGUCGGGCCGGCCCGGGGCGGCGGAGCUGGGAGCGGGCGCGGCCGCGGUCACCUCGGUGCUGGGCAUGUACGCCGCGGCGGGGCCGUACGCGGGCGCGCCCAACUACAGCGCCUUCUUGCCCUACGCCGCCGACCUCAGCCUCUUCUCGCAAAUGGGCUCGCAAUAUGAACUCAAGGACAACCCCGGGGUGCACCCUGCCACCUUUGCAGCCCACACGGCACCGGCCUAUUACCCUUACGGCCAGUUCCAGUACGGGGAUCCCGGGAGACCCAAGAACGCCACGCGCGAGAGCACCAGCACGCUCAAGGCCUGGCUGAAUGAGCACCGCAAGAACCCGUACCCCACCAAGGGAGAGAAGAUCAUGCUGGCCAUCAUCACCAAGAUGACCCUCACGCAGGUCUCUACCUGGUUCGCCAAUGCACGCCGGCGCCUCAAGAAGGAGAACAAGGUGACUUGGGGAGCGCGUAGCAAGGACCAGGAGGACGGCGCCCUCUUUGGUAGCGACACGGAAGGCGACCCCGAAAAGGCCGAGGACGACGAGGAGAUCGACCUAGAGAGCAUCGACAUCGACAAGAUCGACGAGCAUGACGGUGACCAGAGCAACGAGGACGAGGAGGACAAGGCCGAGGGGCCGCGCCCGUCCGCCACCCCCAACGCCCUGGCCCGGGAGCAGGGCUCGCCGCUGGCGGCGGCUGAUGUGCUCAAGCCCCAAGACUCGCCUCUGGGCCUGGCCAAGGAGGUCCCAGAGCCCGGCAGCACGCGUCUGCUGAGCCCGAGCACCUUGGCCGUAGGGCUGCAAGGCGCACAGCACAGUAAACCCAAGAUCUGGUCGCUGGCGGAGACCGCCACGAGUCCCGAUGGCGCACCCAAGGCGUCUCCGCCACCUCCCGCGGGCCAUCCGGUCGCGCAUGGGCCUCCCACGGGCGCGCCGCUGCAGCACCCCGCCUUCCUGCCCAGCCACGGACUGUACACCUGCCAUAUAGGCAAGUUCUCCAACUGGACCAACGGCGCGUUCCUCGCGCAGGGCUCGCUGCUGAACAUGCGCUCCUUCCUGGGGGUCGGCGCGUCCCACGCAGCGCCCCACGGGCCGCACCUGCCUGCUCCCCCGCCCCCGCCUCCGCAGCAGCCGGUCGCCGUCACCCCUGGCCCACUGCACGUCGAUAAAGCCUCUGCGCGCGCCAGCCCUGCUCUCCCAGAGAGAGACCUCGUCCCCAGGCCCGAUUCGCCGGCGCAGCAGCUAAAGUCGCCCUUCCAGCCAGUUCGGGACAAGUCUGCUCCCUGCCACUGAACUUCAGAUUCCUCCAUCACGUGUCAAAACAAGUGCAGCCUCUGUUUCCGGAAUACUGAUCAGCCCUGGUCGCCUGGACUUCACAGGUGCCUCCCGUCUGUCUGCCAGAGAAGAAAGCCUGCUCUGAUCCCCGCACUGCGAGCUUUUAUUUACCUUAUCUGUAAUAUAAUUAAUAGAUGACUGCGUGCAGAUCAAGGCCCCUUCAAAGGGCGUGAGACAGCCUCGCGCGGAACUUGCUGUUUUGAAUCAGUCCAGGACCCUAUCAAAGUUGGAGUGAUCACUUCAUGUAAAUCCUGGUGUUCUGAAUCAGUAUCUUUUAACCUGUGCACACCAUUCUUAGCUCACUGCAGUUUGAAGGCUUGGAAGGCGGGUCUCCUUUGUGUUGCACAAUUCCAUAUUCGGCCAGCAGCACCUCACGACGAUUUCUUAAAAUUAAUAUGGAGGCUGCUUACAAAGAUGUCUCUGGGCUCUCACGCCAUCCUGGGUAAGGGCACAGAGGAUCUCACAUUCUCCCUUCAGAACCGGGCUUCAGGCAGUCAGGACAGCCUCGGACACUGAGACCUAGGGGUGAGAUCGGGACCUCAACAGUGCCCAUGGCUCCUAUAAUUCCCCUUUCUUUAUUUUGGGAAAAUA